CCAAAAGUGAAAUUAAUCCAAACCUUUCUUCCAAUGCCACAAUAAUUGCGUCAUCAAUCGUUUAUUCUAUUUUCACCUGUUUGACAGCAUUUUCCAGUGCCACACUGAGUUCAAGUAGCAGCAGCUCCACUGUCUCACUAAAGUCAAGUGGCGACAGCUCUAUUGUCGCACGGAGUUCAAGUAACAGCAUUUCCAUUGUUCAACUGAGUUCAAGUAGCAGCAACUCUAAAGUCCCACCAAGUUCACAUAACAGCAGCUCUAGUGUCGCACUGAGUUUAAAUAGAACCAGCUCCACUGUCCUACAAACGUUUAGCAGGAGCAGCUAUAUUUUCACGCUCAGCUUAAGUAGCAGCAGCUCUAUUGUUACACUGAGUUCAAGUAGAAGCAGCUCCAUUGUCGCAUUGCCUUCACUUAGCAGUAGCUCCAGGGCCUCACCAAGUUCAAGUAGCAGGAGCCCUCCUGUUGCCAUGAGUUCAGCUGCCACCCCAAUUCAAGUGAAAAAUGAUCCUUGCACAUCUCCUGGAGAAUCCAUUAAUGCUUCUAGUGGUCACAUUUCCAGCCCCAAUUUUCCCAGAAACUAUACCGCAAACAACACUUGUAUCUGGAAUGUCACGGUACCCAUUGGCAAGAUCAUAAAACUGACCUUCUUGAACUUUACCCUUGUAAUAAAUGAAACUGAGAACUGUACUGGAGCGGCACCAUCGAGCGCCCGAGUUUUUAUUACAAACGUUGCUUCACAUCAAGGAGAUCCAAAUGACUUUCAGCUUUGUGGUCAAAAGCCUUCCGACCCUGUAUACUCUGAGGGAAAUUUCAUUCAAGUGAGAUUUGAAUCCCGCACCGGCCCUGUAAACAAAGGGUUCAAUGCAACAUUUCAGGCGAUAGAUGGAAAUUCACCAUUUUCCAUUGUCUCACUGAGUUCAAAUAACCGCAGCUCCAGUGUCUCCGAGAGUGCGAUAAAAAGCAACUCCAUCGUUUCACCAAGUUCAAGUAGCAUAAGCUUCAGUGUUUCACAGAGUUUACAGGUCAGCGUUUCACUGAGUUCAAGUAGCAGCAGCUCUAGUGUCUCACCAAGUUUGAACAGCGGUAGCUCCAGUUUAUCAUUAACUUCACCAAGCAGCACCUUUAUUAUCUCACGGACUACAAGAAGCAACAGCUCAACUUUCCCACUAAGUUUAAGUGGGAACAGCUCAAUUGUCUCACAGAGCUCCGGUAGCAGCAGUUCCAGUGUUUCACCAGGUUCAGGUAGCAGUAGCUCUACUUUUUCACAAAGUUCAAGCAGCAGCAGCACCUCCAUUAACGUACUGAGUAUAAGUAGCAGCAGCUCCAAAGUCAAACUUAGUUCAAGUAGCAGCAGCUCCACUGUCUCACCAAGUUCAUACAGUGGCAGCUCCAUUAUUGCUCUGAAAUCGAAAAGCAGCAGUUCCAUCGUCACAAAAGGUUUAAGUAGCAUCGGCCUUGGUGUCCCACUCAUUUCAAGUAACAGAACCAAUGCCAUUGUCUCACAGAGUUCAAAUAGCACCAGCUCCAUCGUCACACUAGGUUCAAGUAGUACCAGCUUUAGUGUCUUACCAGUUACAAGUAGGCGCAUCACCAUUGUCUCACAGAGUUCAAGUGGAAGCAGAUCUACUGUCCAUCAGAUUUCAGAAAGUGGUAGUGCCAAUAUCUCACUGACUUCAAGUAGCAGCAGCUCUACUGUCUCACAAAGUCCAGGUAGCAGCAGUUCCAGUAUCACGCUCAUUUCAAGUAGCAGUAGCUUCAUUGCUUUUGUCUUACAGAGAUUAAGUAGCAGUAGCUUGAUUGUCUCAACGAGUUCAGUAAGCAGCAGUUCCAUUGUUGUGCUGGGUUCGAGUAGCAGCAGCUCCAUUGUUGCACUAAGAUUGAGCAGCAGCAGCGCCAUUGUCGCACAGAGUUCAAGCAGCAGCAGAUCUAGUGUUUCAUCAAGUUCAAGUAGCAACAGCACUCCUCUUACUCUGAUUUCAAGUAGCAGAAGCUCCAUUGUUACACUGAGCUCAAGUAGCACCAGCUCCACUGUCUCACUAACGUCAAGUAGCAACAACUCUAUUGUUGCACUGAGUGCAAGUAGCCGCAGUUCUAUUGUUGCACCUAGUUCAAGUAGCAGCAGCUCUCAUGUUGCACUUAGUUCAAGUAGCAGCAGUUCCAUUGCCGCACCGAGUUCAGUUAGCAGCAGCUCUAGUGUCUCACUAGGUUCAAGAAGAAGCAGCCCCUCUGUUGCCUUGAGUUCGAUUGGCAGCAGCUCCACUCUCUCACGUAGCAGCAGCUCUAGUUUCGCACUGAGUUCAAUUAGCGGCAGCUCUAAGGUCUCACCAAGUUCAGUUACCGGCAGCUCUCCUGUUGCGCUAAGUUCAAGAAGCAGCAGCUCCAUUGCUACACCGAGUCUAAGUAACGAUAGUUUUAUUGUCUUACAGAGUUCAAGUAGCAGUAGCUUUAUUUUCUUAACAAGUUCAAGUGGCAGCAACUCCAUUCUUACACUGAGCUCGACUAGCAGCAGCUCUGUUAUCGCAUUCAGUUCAAGUAGCAGCAGCUCCAUUUUCGCACUGGGUUCAAGUGGCAGCAGCUCAAAUAUCGCACUGAGUUCAAACAGCAGCCAUUCCUUUGUCACACUGAGUGAAAUUACCAGCACCUACAGUGUCUCACCAACGUCUACUAGCAACAGCAUUCCUGUUGUCCUGAUUUCAAGUAACAGCAACUCCAUUGUUGCACUGAGUUCAAGUAGCAGCAGCUCUAGUGAUUUACUAAGCUCAAGUAGCACCAGUUCUCCUAUUGCACCGAGUUCAAGUAGCAUCAGCUCCAUUGUCGCAACGAGUUCAAUCAGCAGCAGCUCUAGUGUCUCAUCGAAUUCAAGUAGCAGUAGCCCUCUCGUUGCCCUGAUCUCAGGUAGCAGCAUUGCCAUUGUUACACUGAGUAGCAGCAGCUCCGCCAUAUCAUUCACGUCAAGUAGCAGCAUAUCUAUUGUUGUACUGAGUUCAAGUAGCAGAAGCUCCAUUGUUGCACCAACCUCAAGUAGCAGCAGCUCCUUUGUUGAACUGAUCUCUGGUAGCAGUAGCUUCACUGCCUCACUAACGUCUAGUAACAGCACUUCUAAUGGCCCACUGUCUUCCUGUAGCAGUUGCUCCAUUGUUCCACCAAGCUUAAGCAGCAGCAGCUCUAGUGUCCUACCAAGUUCAAGUAGCAGCAGCUCUCCUGUUUCACUAGCCCGAAAUAGCAGCAGCUCCACUGUCUCACUAACGUCAAGUAGCAGCAGUAGUAGCUCUAUUGUCGCACUAAAUUCAAGCAGCAGCAGCUCUAUUGUUGCACCGAGUUCAAGUAGCAACAGCUUUAGUUUUAUACCAAGUUUAGGCAGCGGUAGCUUCAUUGUUGCACCGAGUUCAAAUACUAAAAGUUUUAGUGUCAUACCAAGUUUAAGUAGCAGCAGCUCUCCUAUCGCACUGAGUUCAAGUAGCAACAGUUUCAUUGGUGCACCGAGUUCAAUUAGCAGCAGCUCUACUUUCUCACUAACCUCAAGUAGCAGAAACUCUAAUGUCGCACUGGGUUCAAGUGGCAGCAGCUCCAUUGUUACACCAAGUUCAAAUGGCGGCAGCUUUAGUGAUUCAUCAAGUUUAAAUAGCAGCAGCCCUCCUGUUGCACUAAAUCCAAGUAGCAGCAGUUCCAUCGUUGCACUGGGUUUGAGUAGCAGCAGUUCCUCUGUCUCACUGACGUCAAGGAGCAGCAGCUCUAUAGUCGCAACAAGUUUAAUUAGCAACAGCUCUAAUGUUUCAUUAAGUUCAGAUAGAAGCAGCCCUCAUAUUGUUUUGAUUCCAAGUAUCAGCAAAUCCAUUGUUAAAUUGAGCUCAAGUAGCAGCAGGUCAACUGUCUCACAAACGUUAAGUAGCAGCAGCACCAUUGUCAUGGUGAGUUCAAAUAGUAGCAGCUCCAUUAUUGUACUUAACUCAGGUAGCAGCAGCUCUAAUGUGUUACCAGGUUCAAGCAACGGCAGCUCUCCUGUUGCACUGAAAUCAAAUGGCAGCAGCUCCACUGUCUCACUAACUUUAAGUAGCAGUAGCUCUAUUGUCCCACUGAGUUCAAGUGGCAGCAGCUCCAUUGUUGCACCGACUUCAACUAGCAGCAGCUUUAGUGCCUUACAAAGUUCAAGUAACAGCAGCUCUCCUAUUGCAGUGAUUUCAAGAAGCAGCACCUUCAUUGUUGCACCGAUUUCAAGUAGCAGCAGCUCCACUAUCUCAUUAACGUCAAAUAGCAGCAGCUCUAUAGGCACACUCUCUUCAAGUAGGAGCAGCUCACUUGUUGCAACGAGCUCAAGCGACAGCAAAUCCAAUUUCUUAUCAGUUUUAAGUAGCAGCAGCCUUCCUGUUCUCCUGAUUCCGCGUAGCAACUCCAAUGUUGCACUAAGUUUGAGUAGCCGCAGCUCCUCUGUCUCACUAACGUCAAGUAGCAGCAGCCUUACUCUCUUACUAAUAUCAAGCAGCAGCAGCAGCAGCUCCAUAGUUCCUGUGAGUUCCAAUGGCAGCAGCUCCAUCGCUGCUUCAAGUUCAGGUAGUAGGAGCUCUAGUGUCAUGUCAUCAUCAAGUAGCAGUGGCCCUCCUAUUCUCCUGAUUCCAAGUACCAGUAGCUCCAUUGUUAAAUUGAGCUUAAAUCGCAUCAGCUCCACCGUCUUAAUAACGUCAAGUAGUAGUAGCUCUAUCGUCACAACGAGUUCAAUUAGCAGCAGCUCCAUUCCUGCACCGAGCUCAAAUAGCAGCAGCUCUAGUGUCUUCCCAAGUUCAAGUAGCAGCAGAUCCAUUGUUGCACUUAGUUCAAGUAGCAGCAGCUCUACAAUCUCACUAACGUCAAAGAGCAGCAGCUCUAUUGCCACACUAAUUUCAAGUAGCAGGAGCUUUCCUGUUGCACUGGGUUCAAUUAUCAGCAGUUUCAUCGUCGCACCGAGCUCGAUAAGCAGCAGCUCCGAUGCCUCUCAAAGCUCACGCAGCAGCAGCCCUCUUGUUACCCUGAUUUCAAAUACAAACAGUUCCAUUGCUUCAAUGAGUUCAAGUACCAGCGCUAGCAGCCUUACUGUCUCACUAAUAUUAAGUAGCAGCAGCUCUAUAGUAACAAUAAGUACCAGCAGCUCCAUAGUUGCACCGAGUUCAAGUAGCAGCAGCUCUAAAGUCUCACUUACUUCAAGUGGCAGCAGCUCCAUCGUCGCACUAAGUUCAAAUGGCAGUAGCUCCACUGUAGCACCAAGCUCAAGUAGCAGCAGCUCUAGUGUCUUACCAAGUUCAGGUAGCAGCAGGUCCACUGUCUCACUAUCGUUACGUAACAUCAACUCUUCCGUUGCACUAAGUUUGACUAGCAGCAGCUCCACUGUCUCACUAACGUUAAGUAGCAGUAGCUCUAGAGUCGAACUGAGUUCAAGUAGCAGCAGCUCUAUCAUUGCACUGAGUUUAAUUAGCAGCAGCUCUAGUGUCAUACCAAGUUCAAGUAGCAGUAAUUCCUCUAUUAUACUGAGUUCACGUAACAGCAGUUUUAUUGUUGCAACGAGUUCAAGUAACAGCAACUCUACUGUCUCGCUAACUACAGGUAGCAGCAGCUUUAAUAUCGCACUGAGUUCGAGUAGCAGAAGCUCCAUUGUUCGACCAAGCAUAAGUAACAGUACCUUUAGUGUCUUGCCAACUUCAAGUAGCAGCUCUCCUGUUGCGCCAAGUUCAAGUGGCAGCGGCUUUAGUGUUUCAUCAAGUGUAGAUAGCAGCAGCCCUCUUGUUGCCCUCAAUUCAAGUAGCAGCAGCUCCAUUGUUGCAAUGGGUUCGAGUAGCAGUAGCUCCUCGGAAUCACUAACAUCAAGUACCAGCAGCUCUAUUUUUGCACCAAUUUCAAUUAACACGAGCUCCAGUGUCUCAUUAAGCUCAAAUAGCAGCAGCCCUCCUGUUAUCCUGAUUCCAAGUACUAGCAGCUCCAUUCUUGAGUUAAGCUCAAGUAGCAGCAGGUCCACUGUUUCAAUAACGUCAAGUAACAGCAGCUCUAUUGUCACGCUUAGUUCAAGUAGCAACAGCUCUAUUAUCAUGCUGAGUUCAAGUAGCAGCAGCUCGACCGUCUCACUAAGAUCAAGUAGUAGCAGCUCUAGUAUCAUACCAAGCUCAAAUAGCAUCAGCUCUCCUGUUGUAAUACGUUUAGUUAGCAGCCUACUUUUUGCCCUGAUUUCAAAAAGCACCACAUUUAUUGUUGCACUAAGUUCGAGUACCAGCAGCCUCACUCUCUCACUAACAUCAAUUGGCAGCAGCUCUAUAGUCGCACCAACAUCUCCUGUUGCACUAAGUUUAAGUAGCAGCAGCCUUACUGUCUCACUAACAUCAAAUGGCAGCAGCUCUAUAGUCGCACUAACUUCCAGUAACAGCAACUCCACUGUCCCCCCAACUUCAAGUAGGAGUAGCUUUAUUUUCGCACCGACUUCAAGUAGCAGCAGCUCUAGUGACUUACUAAAAUCAAGCAUCAACAGCUCUCUUAUUGCACCGAGUUCAAAAAGCAGAGGCGUCACUGUCUCGCUAACGUCAAGCAGAAGCAGCUCUAUUGUCGCACUAAUAUCAAGCAGCAGCAGCUCUAGUGUCAUACCAAGCUCAACCACCAGCAGCUCUCCCGUUGCACUUAGUUCAAGUAGCAGCAGUUUCAUUGUUGAACCGAGUUCACGUAGCAGUGGCUCUACUGUCUCACUAAAUUCAAGUAGUAGCAGCUCUAGUGUCUUAGCAAGUUCAAGUAGCAGCGGCUUAAUUGUUGAACCGGGGUCAAAUGGCAGCACCUUUACUUUAUCAUUGACUACCUCUACUGUCGCACUGAAUUUAAGUGGCAGCAGCUCCAGUAUCUCACUAAUAUCAAGCAACAGCAGCUCUAGUGUCAUACCAAGUUCAAGUAGCGGCAGCUCUCACGUUGCACUGAGUUUAAGUAGCAGCAGUUUCAUUGUUGCACCGAGUUCAAGUCGCAGCAGCUCUACUGUCUCACUAAUAUCAAGCAGCAGCGGCUCUAGUCUCACACCAAAUUCAAGUAGCAGCAGCUCUCCCAGUGCACUAAGUUUAAGUAGCAGCAGUCCUACUGUUGCACCGAGUUCAAGUAGUAGCAGCUCUACUGUCUCACUAACUUCAAGUAGUAGCAGCUCUAGUGUCUUGAAAAGUUUAAUAAGCGGUAGCUUUAUUCUUGCACCGAGGUCAAGUGACAAGACUUUUAGUUUAUCAUUGAGCAGCUCUACGGUCGAACUGAGUUUAAGUAGCAGCCGCUCCACUGUCUCACUAAUAUCAAGCAGUAGUAGCUCUAGUGUCAUACCAAGUUCAAGUAGCAGUAGCUCUUACGUUGCACUGGGUUUAAGUAGUAGGAGUUUCACUGUGGCACCGAGUUCAAGUAGCAGCAGUUCUGAUGUCUCACUAACUUCAAGUAGUAGCAGCUUUAUUGUCUUGGAGAGUUCAAGUAGCAGCGGCUUUAUUUUUGUACCGAUGUCAAGUGGCAGCACCUUUAGUGUAUCAUUGAGUAGCUCUACUGUCGCACUGAGUUUAAGUCGCAGCAGCUCCACUGUCUCACUAAUAUCAAACAGCAGCAGCUCUAGUAUCACACCAAGUUCAAGUAGCAGCAGCUCACCCGUUGCACACAGUUCAAGUAGCAGCAGUUUCAUUAUUGCACCGACUUCAAGUAGCAGCAGCUCUACUGUCUCACUAACUUCAAGUAGUAGCAGCUCUACUGUCUUAGAAAUUUCAAGUAGCAGCGGCCUUACUGUUGUACCGAGGUCAAGUGGCAGGACCCUUAGUUUAUCAUUGAGUAGCUCUACCGUCGCACUGAGUUUAAGUCACAGCAGCUCCACUGUCUCACUAAAAUCAAGCAGCAGCAGCUCUAGUGUCAUAUCAAGUUCAAGUAGCAGCAGCUCCACUUUCUCAUUAGCUUUAAGUAAUACCAGCUCUAGUGUCUUAGAAAGUUCAAGCAGUAGCGGCUUUGUUGUCGCACCGAGGUCAAGUGGCGGCACCAUUAGUUUAUCAUUGAGUAGCUCUACUAUCGCACUGAGUUUAAGUCAAAGCAGCUCCACUGACUCACUAAUAUCAAGGAGCAGCAGCUCUAGUAUCUUACCACGUUCAAGUAGAAGCAGCUCUCCUGUUGCACUGAGUUCAAGUAGCAGCAGUUUCACUGUUGCACGGAGUUCACCUGGCAACAGCUCCACUGUCUCACCAAUAUCACGCAGCAGCAGUUCUAGUGUCAUACCAAGUUCAAGUAGCAGCAGCUCUACUUUCUCACUAACUUCACGUAAUACCAGCUCUAGUGUCUUAGAAAGUUCAAGUAGCAGCGGCGUUGUUGUUGCACCGAGGUCAAGUGGCGGCACCUUUAGUUUAUCAUUGAGUAGCUCUACUGUCGCACUGAGUUUAAGUCAAAGCAGCUCCACUGACUCACUAAUAUCAAGGAGCAGCAGCUCUAGUAUCCUACCACGUUCAAGUAGAAGCAGCUCUCCCGUUGCACUGAGUUUAAGUAGCAGCAGUUUCACUGUUGCACGGAGUUCAAGUGGCAGCAGCUCCACUGUCUCACCAAUAUCAAGCAGCAGCAGUUCUAGUGUCAUAACAAGUUCAAGUAGCAGCAGCUCUCCCGUUGGACUGAGCUCAAGUAGCAGCAGUUUCAUUGUUACACCGAGUUCAAGUGGCAGCAGCUCUGCUUCAAGUAGCAGCAGCUCUACUUUCUCACUAACUUCAAGUAAUACCAGCUCUAGUGUCUUAGAAAGUUCAAGCAGCAGCGGCUUUGUUGUUGCACCGAGGUCAAUUGGCGGCACCUUUAGCUUAUCAUUGAGUAGCUCUACUGUCGCACUGAGUUUAAGUCAAAGCAGUUCCACUGACUCACUUAUAUCAAGGAGUAGCAGCUCUAGUAUCAUACCACGUUCAAGUAGCAGCAGCUCUCCCGUUGCACUGAGUUCAAGUAGCAGCAGUUUCACUGUUGCACGGAGUUCAAGUGGCAGCAGCUCCACUGUCUCACCAAUAUCAAGCAGCAGCAGUUCUAGUGUCAUAACAAGUUCAAGUAGCAGCAGCUCUACUUUCUCACUAACUUCAAGUAAUACCAGCUCUAGUGUCUUAGAAAGUUCAAGCAGCAGCGGCUUUGUUGUUGCACCGAGGUCAAUUGGCGGCACCUUUAGCUUAUCAUUGAGUAGCUCUACUGUCGCACUGAGUUUAAGUCAAAGCAGCUCCACUGACUCACUAAUAUCAAGGAGCAGCAGCUCUAGUAUCCUACCACGUUCAAGUAGAAGCAGCUCUCCCGUUGCACUGAGUUUAAGUAGCAGCAGUUUCACUGUUGCACGGAGUUCAAGUGGCAGCAGCUCCACUGUCUCACCAAUAUCAAGCAGCAGCAGUUCUAGUGUCAUAACAAGUUCAAGUAGCAGCAGCUCUACUUUCUCACUAGCUUCAAGUAAUACCAGCUUUAGUGUCUUAGAAAGUUCAAGUAGCAGCGGCAUUAUUGUUGCACCGAGAUCAAGUGGCAACACCUUUAGUUUAUCAUUGAGUAGCUCUACUGUCGCACUGAGUUUAAGUAGCAGCAGGUCCACUGUCUUACUAAUAUCAAACAGUAGUAGCUCUAGUGUCCUACCAAGUUCAAGUAGCAGUAGCCCUCCCUUUGCACCGAGUUCAAGUGGCAGCAGUUUCAUUGUUGCACCGAGAUCAAGUAGCAGCAGUUCUUCUGUCUCACUACCUUCAAGUAGCAGCAGCUCUAGUGUCUUAGCAAGUUCAAGUAGCAACCGCUUUUUUGUUGCACCGAGGUCAAGUAACAGCACCUUUAGUUUAUCAUUGAGUACCUCUACUGUCGCACUUAGUUUAAGUCGCAGCAGCUCCACUUUCUCACUAAUAUCAAGCAGCAGCAGCUCUACUAUCAUACCAAGCUCAAGAAGCAGCAGCUCUUCCAUUGCACCGAGUUCAAGUACCAGCAGCUCUACUGUCUCACCAACCUCAAGUAGCAGCACCUCUCGGGUCUUACAAAGGUUAAGUAGCAGCGCCUCCAAUUUUGCACCGAGGUCAAGUGGCAACAACUUUAGUUUCUCCUUAAGUAGCAUUAUUGUUGCACUAACUUCAAGUAGCAGGAGCUCCACUGUCCUACUAAUAUCAAACAGCAGCAGCUUUAAUGUUAUACCAAGUUCAAUUAGUGGCAGUUCUACUGUUGCACUGAGUUCAAGUAGCAGCAGCUUCAUUGUUGCCCCGAGUUCAAGUAACAGCAGCUCUACUCUCUUAGCAAGUUCAAGUAGCAGUGGCUCCAUUUCUGCACCGAGUUCAAGUGGCAGCAACCUUAGUUUCUCAUCAAGUAGCUCUAUAAUCGCACUGAGUUCUAGAAACAACAGCUCCACUGUCUUACUAAUAUCAAGCAUCAGCAACUCUAGUGUCAUACUAACCUCAAGUAGCAGUAGCUCUCCUGUUGCACUGAGUUUAAGUAAUAGCAGUUUCACUAUUCCACCUAGUUCAAGUGGCAACAGCUCUACUGUGUCACUAACUUCAAGUACUCGCAGCUCUAGUGUCUUAGCAAUGUCGAGUAGCAGCGUCUUUAUUAUUGCUCCGAGUUCAAAUGGCAGCACCUUUAGUUUAUCAUUGAGUAGCUCCACUGUCGCACUGAUUUUAAGUCACAGCAGCUCCACUGUCUCACUGAUAUCAAGCAGCACCAGCUCUAGUGUCAUACCAAGUUCAAGCAGCAGCAGCUCUCCAUUUCCACAGAGUUCAAGUAGCAGCAGUUUCAUUGUUGAACCGAGUUCAAUUACUAGCAGCUCUGGUGUCUUAGCAAGUGCAAGUAGCAGUGGCUUUAUUACUGCACAAAGGUCAAGUGGCAGCACUUUUAGUUUAUCAUUCACUAGAUCUACCGUCGCACUGAGUUUAAUGAGCAGCAGCUUUACUGUCUCACUAAUAUCAAGCAGCCGCACCUCUAGUGUUAUACCAAGUUCAAGUAGCAGCAGCUCUCCCGUUGUACUGGGCUCAAGUAGCAGCAGCUUCAUUCUUGCACCGAGUUUAAGUGGCAGCAGCUCCACUGUAUCACCAAUAUCAAGCAGAAGCAGUUCUAGUGUCAUAACAAGUUCAAGUAGCAGCAGCGCUCCCGUUGGACUGAGUUCAAGUAGCAGCAGUUUCAUUGUUGCACCGAGUUCAAGUGGCAGCAGCUCGGCUGUCUUACUAACCUCAAGCAGCAGCAGCUCUCGUAUCAUACCAAGUUCAAGUAGCGGCAGCUCUCCCGUUGCACACAGUUCAAGUAGCAGCAGUUACAUUAUUGCACGGACUUCAAGUAGCAGAAGCUCUACAGUCUCACGAACUUCAAGUAGUAGCAGCUCUACUGUCUUAGAAAGUUUAAGUAGCAGCGGCCUUAUUGUUGCACCGAGGUCAAGUGGCAGCACCAUUAGUUUAUCAUUGAGUACCUCUACUAUCGCACUGAGUUUAAGUCACAGCAGCUCCACUGUCUCACUAAAAUCAAGCAGCAGCAGCUCUAGUGUCAUACCAAGUUCAAGUAGCAGCAGCUCUACUUUCUCACUAACUUCAAGUAAUACCAGCUCUAGUGUCUUAGAAAGUUCAAGCAGCAGCGGCUUUGUUGUUGCACCGAGGUCAAUUGGCGGCACCUUUAGCUUAUCAUUGAGUAGCUCUACUGUCGCACUGAGUUUAAGUCAAAGCAGGUCCACUGACUCACUUAUAUCAAGCAGUAGCAGCUCUAGUAUCAUACCACGUUCAAGUAGCAGCAGCUCUCCCGUUGCACUGAGUUCAAGUAGCAGCAGUUUCACUGUUGCACGGAGUUCAAGUGGCAGCAGCUCCACUGUCUCACCAAUAUCAAGCAGCAGCAGUUCUAGUGUCAUAACAAGUUCAAGUAGCAGCAGCACUCCCGUUGGACUGAGCUCAAGUAGCAGCAGUUUCAUUGUUACACCGAGUUCAAGUGGCAGCAGCUCUGCUGUCUUACUAACCUCAACUAGAAGCAGCUCUACUGUCUUUGCAAGUUCAAGUAGCAGCAAGUUUUUUCUUGAACCGAGGUCAAGUGGCAGCAUCUUUAGUUUAUCAUUGAGUAGCUCUACUGUCGCUCUGAGUUUAAGUCGCAGCAGCUCCACUGUCUCACUAAUAUCAAGCAGCAGCAGCUCUAGUAUCAUACCAAGUUCAAGUAACAGCAGCUCUACCGUUGCAAUGAGUUCAAGUAGCAGCAGUUUCAUUAUUGGACGGACCUCAAGUAGCAGAAGCACUACUGUCUCACUAACUUCAAGUAGUAGCAGCUCUAGUGUCCUAGAAAGCUUACAUAGCAGCGGCUUUAUUGUUGCACCGAGGUCAAGUGGCAGCACCUUUAGUUUAUCCUUCAGUAGCUCUACUGUCGCACUGACUUUAAGUAGCAGCAGGUCCACUGUCUUACUAAUAUCAAACAGUAGUAGCUUUAGUGUCUUACCAAGUUCAAGUAGCAGCAGCUCCCCCGUUGCACCGAAUUCAAGUGGCAGCAGUUUCAUUGUUGCACCGACAUCAAGUAGCAGCGGUUCUUCUGUCUCACUACCUUCAAGUAGCAGCAGCUCUAGUGUCUUAGCAAGUUCAAGUAGCAGCGGGUUUUUUCUUGCACCGAGGUCAAGUGGCAGCAUCUUUAGUUUAUCAUUGACUAGCUCUACUGUCGCACUGACUUUAAGUCACAGCAGCUCCACUGUCUCACUAAAAUCAAGCAGCAGCAGCUCUAGUGUCAUACCAAGUUCAAGUAGCAGCAGCUCUACCUUCUCACUAACUUCAAGUAAUAGCAGCUCUAGUGUCUCAUCAACCUCAAGUAGCAGCAGCUCUAGUGUCUCACAAACUUUAAGUAGCAGCGCCUCCAUUUUUGGACUGAGGUCAAGUGCCAGCAGCUUUAGUUUUUCUUCAAGUAGCUCUAUUUUUGCACUCAUUUCAAGUACCCGGAGCUCCACUGUCCUACUAAUAUCAAACAGCAGCAGCUCUAAUCUCAUACCAAGUUCAAUUAGCAGCAGCUUUAUUGUUGCACUGAGUUCAAGCAGUAGCAGCUUCAUUGUUGCCCCGAUUUCAAGUAGCAGCAGCUCUAAUGUCUUACCAAGUUCAAGUAGCAGCGGCUCCAUUUCUGCACCGAGUUCAAGUGGCAGCAGCCUUAGUUUCUCUUCAGGUAGCUCUGUAAUCGCACUGAUUUCAAGUAGCAGCAGCUCCAAUGUCUUUUUAAUAUCAAGCAGCAGCAGCUCUAGUGUCAUACUAACCUCAAGUAGCAGCAGCUCUCCUUUUCCACUGAGUUUAGUUAAUAGCAGUUUCAUUACUGCAUCAAGCUCAAGUGGCAACAGCUCUACUGUCUCACUAACUUCAAAUGGUAGCAGCUCUAGUGUCUUACCAAUUCUAAUUAGCAGCGGCUAUAUUAUUGCUCCGAGUUCAAGUGAAAGCCCCUCUAGUUUAUCAUUAAGUAGCUCUACUGUCGCACUGACUUUAAGUCACACCAGCUCCACUGUCUCACUAGUAUCAAGCAGCAGCAGCUCUAGUGUCAUACCAAGUUCAAGUAGCAGCAGCUCUCCCGUUGCACUAAGUUCAAGUAGCAGCAGCUCUACUUUCUCACUAACCUCAAGUAGUAGCAGCUUUAGUGUCUUAGAAAGUUCAAUUAGCAGCGGCGUUGUUGUUGCACCGAGGUCAAGUGGCAGCACCUAUAGUUUAACACUGAGUAGCUCUAGUGUCGUACAGAUUUUAAGUCGCAGCAGCUCCUCUGUCUCACUAAUAUCAAGCAGCAGCAGCUCUAGUGUUAUACCACGUUCAAGUAGCAGCAGCUCUUCCGUUGCACUGAAUUCAAGUAGCAGCAGUUUCAUUGAUGCACUGAGUUCAAGCAGCAGCAGCUCUACUAUCUUAUUAAUAUCAAGCAGCAGCAGUCUUAGCGUCAUAUCAAGUUUAAGUAGCAGCAGCUCCUUGGUUGGACUGAGAUCAAGUGGCAGCAGUUUCAUUGUUGCACCGAAUUCAAGUAGCAGGAGCUCUACUGUCUCACUAACUUCAAGUAGGAGCAGCUCUAUUGCCUUAGCAAGUUCAAGUAACAGCAGCUUUAUUGUUGCAACGAGGUCAAGUGACAGCACCCUUAGUUUAUCGGCGAUUAGCUCUGUUGUCGUACUGAGUUUAAGUAGCAGCAGCUCCUCUGUCUCACUAAAAUCAAGCAGCAGCAGCUCUAGUGGCAUACCAAGUUCAAGUAGCAGCAGCUCUCCCAUUGCACUCAGUUCAAAUAGCAGAAGUUUCAUUGUUGCACCGAGUUCAAGUGGUAGCAACUUUAGCCUCUCGUCAAGUAGCCUUGAUGUUGCACGAAGCUUAGGUAGCACCAGCUCAACUGUCUCACUAAUGUCAAGUAGCAGCAGCUCUAGUGUCUUACCAAGUUCAAGAACCAGCAGCUCUCCUUUUGCAGUAAGCUUACAUAACAGCAGCUCCACUGUAUCACUAAUGUCAGGUAGCAGUAGCUCUAUUAUUGCACCGAGUUCAAGUAGCAACAGCUACACUGUCUCACUCAUGUCAAGUAGCGGCAGCUCUAGUGUUAUACCAAGUUUAAGUAGCAGUAGCUCUCCUGGCUCACUAUCUCCAAGUAGCGGCAGCUCUGGUGUCUUACCAAGUUCAAGCAGCAGCGGUUUUACUCUUGCACCGAGUUCAAGUGGCAGCAGCUUUAGUUUCUCCUCAAGUAGCUCCAUUGUUUCACUGAGUUCAAGUAGCAGUAGCUCCACUGUCUCACAAAUAUCAAGCAGCAGCAACUCUAGUAUCAUAGCGAGUUCAAGUAGCAGCAGCUCUACUCUUGCACUGCGCUCAAGUAACAGCAGUUUUAGUUUUGUGCCGAGUACAAGAGGCAGCAGCUCUACUGUUGCACAGAGCUCAAGUAGCAGCAGUUUCACCGUUGCACAGAGUUCAAGUAGCAGCAGCUCUACUGCCUCACUUACCUCAAGUAGCAGCAGCUCUAGUGUCUUACCAAGUUCAACCAGCAGCGGCUUUAUUGUUGCAUCGAGUUCAAGUGGCAGCAGGUUUAGUUUCUCAUCAAGUAGCCCAAUUGUUUCACCGAGUUCAAGUAGCAGCAGCUCUAGUGCCUCACUUAUCUCAAGUAGCAGCAGCUCUAGUGUCUUACCAAGUUCAAGCAGCAGCGGCUUUAUUGUUGCAUCGAGUUCAAAUGGCAGCAGCUUUAGUUUCUCCUCAAGUAGCUCCAUUGUUUCACUGAGUUCAAGUAGCAGUAGCUCCACUGUCUCACAAAUAUCAAGCAGCAGCAACUCUAGUAUCAUAGCGAGUUCAAGUAGCAGCAGCUCUACUCUUGCACUGAGCUCAAGUAACAGCAGUUUUAGUUUUGUGCCGAGUACAAGUAGCAGCAGCUCUACUGUUGCACAGAGCUCAAGUAGCAGCAGUUUCACUGUUGCACAGAGUUCAAGUAGCAGCAGCUCUACUGCCUCACUUACCUCAAGUAGCAGCAGCUCUAGUGUCUUACCAAGUUCAAGCAGCAGCGGCUUUAUUGUUGCAUCGAUCUCACCUAUUUCAACUAGCAGAAGCUCUAUUGUCGCGCUGAGUUCAAGUGUCAGCAGCUCUAUAUUUGCAGCGAGUUCAAGUAACAGCAACCUUAAUGUCUCAUUCACUUUAAGUAGUAGCAGCCCUCCUGUUGUCCUAAAUCCAAAUAGCAGCAGCUCCAUUCUUACACUGGGUUCGAGUAGCGGUAGCUCUUCCAUCUCAGUAACGUCCGGUAGCAGCAGCUCAAUUGUUGCACCAAGUUCAAGUAGCACGAGCUCUAGUGUCUCACUAGGCUCAAAUAGCAGCAGCCCUCCUGUUGUCCUGAUUCCAAGUACCAUUGUUGAUUUGAGCUCAAGGAGCAGCAGGUCCACUGUAACACUAACGUCAAGUAGCAGCACCUCUAUUGUCACGCUUAUGUCAAGUACCAGCAGCUCCAUUGUUGAAUUGAACCCAAGUAGCAGCAGGUCCACUGUCUCACUAACGUCAAGUAUUAGCAGCUCUAUUGGUAAGCUGAGUUUAAGUAACAGCAGCUUCAUUUUUCAACCAAGCUCAGGUAGCAGCAGCUCUCGUGUCUUACCAAGUGCAAGUAGCAGCAGCUCCAUUAUCUCAAUAACGUCAAGUAGCAGCAACUCUAUUGUCAUGUUGAGUUCAAGUAGCAACAGCACCACUUUUGCACCGAGUUCAAGCAGAAGCAGCUUUACUGUCCUACUAAGUUCCAGUACCAUCAGCUCUCUUGUUGCAGUAAGUUCAAAUAGCAGUAGCUCUAUUGUUGUUUUGAAUUCAAGUAGCAGUAGUUUCAUUGUCUCACUAACUUUAAGUAGCAGCAGUUCUACUGUCGGACUGAGCUCAAGUAGCAGCAGCUCCGUUGUUCCACUGAGCUUGAGUACC